AUGUCUCAAGCUCGGCUUGCAUCGUGUAUCCCAUUGCCUUUGGAACAUAAAUUAUUAGUAACAGUAAUCGAAAAAGCUAAAGAUUGGGCACUCAUGCACGGUGUUGGAAUGCGAGACAAGAAACAUUUUACAAAAGACUCUAUACAGAUUGCACCCUUUGUGUUGCUGCCAUCUCCAUUUCCAAGGACAGAGUUUGACAAAGCAAUUGAACUCCAACCAGUGUUGAAUGAACUUAUGCAUAAGGUAGCUCAUGAUGACGAAUUUCUAGAGCACACGUUACAAAAUGCCCUGCAAGUGGAUGAGUUUACAGCUAACCUGUAUGAUAUAUGGAUAAAAGUUCGACAAGAAGGUAUUACACAGCCCAUAACUCUUGGCAUGCUGCGAUCUGACAUAAUGCUGGAGUCCAGGUGUCCGCACACAGUGAACCAGUGUGCGAAACACACGCCCUAUUGCUCUUGGAAGCAAGUGGAAAUCAACAGCAUAGCCUCCGGAUUCGGCCAUCUUGGACCGAUUUCGAGGGACAUACAGAGCUACAUCUUGCGGCAGUUGGGACAUGGAGAUCUCAUUAAAAAUAUGCCAGAAAACCACGCACUUUCAGGGCUUUGUUCAGGAAUUACCGAGGCGUACGAUUUAUUCGGUGUCCCUACUGCGGUUGUUCUCUUCGUGGUUGAGGAGGUGUCUUACAACAUCUGCGACCAGAGAUUCCAUGAGUUUGAAAUAUCGGAGAAGAGGCCAGAUAUUCAGAUCUACAGGAAGACAUUAAAUGAAAUCUAUGAAGAGACGACGCUCAAUGAUAAAAAACAACUGAUCUUUGAUGGUCGGCCAGUAGCGGUUGUGUACUACAGAUCAGGGUAUGAACCAGCUCAGUACCCGUCUACUCGCGAGUGGGACGCAAGACUGCGGGUUGAAAGAUCGACCGCUAUUAAAUGCCCCUCAAUCCACUACCAACUCGCUGGAACGAAGAAGGUUCAACAGACUCUUGCUGCUCCCGGCGUCUUAGAAAAGUUCAUGGGCAGUAGUGAAGCGACAAAGAAAGUUCGGGACAUCUUCACUGGACUCUACUCAUUGGACUUCGAUGAGAGUGGAGAAAGAGCUGUGGAUAUGGCGCUCGCUGAAGCCGAGAGGUUCGUUCUGAAGCCUCAGCGUGAGGGCGGGGGCAACAACUUGUACGGCGCGGAGGUGCGCGAGGCGCUGCUGCGCAUGCGCCACAGCCGCGAGCGCGCCGCCUACAUACUCAUGGAGCGCAUACUGCCGCCGCUGGUUUCCGGCUACGUGGUACGUCCGGGCGCUCCAGUGCCGCCACCCGUAAGUGACCUUGUUUCUGAGCUGGGAAUCUUUGGAGUUAUUAUUGGGACAAAAGAUAAAAUCCACUGCAAUCGACAAGUGGGUCACAUGCUGAGGACCAAACUUGCAGACGCCAACGAGGGCGGAGUCGCCGCCGGCCUAGGGGCUUUGGACUCGCCCUACAUGCUAGAUUUGUAG